AUGAACAAUAACGACGACGGAAACGAAGAUACGCUUGCAAUUGACAAGUUUCUUCGCCAAACUAGUAACAUAGAAAAUAAUUCAAAAGAUCAUUUUCUAUUUGAAACCGUUGAGUUUGAUUUCAACAAACUUCGUCUCAAUGAUAACAAUAAAAAUGAACAUGACGACGACCUGCUUCUAAAACGUUCUCGGAGAGAGAGCGCUGCUAUCUUCAAUACGCUUAUUGAUGAAAUUCCUGAUGCUUUAGAUUUCUUGAAUGACACUUUGGAUAUCAACGACGCUGUUGACAACGAAGAAUACGAAAAUGAAAUUCGAUGCGACGAUAUUGAAUCUCUAGAUGUUGUGAUGCCACCUCUAAGUACAGAAAUUCGAGAUUCAGCGAUGAUGAAUAAUGUGCAAAAAAAAUAUGGGAUUAAUAGUAAUGGCAAUAAUGAUAUAAGUCUCAAAAGACAUGGAACGUUGGAUGCAAUUAUUGAAGAACCUUUACCAUAUUCUUUAACAGCAACAAAAAACUCAACCGACAAAUUUACCAACACAAUAGGAAAUAUUAUAAAUAGCAAGCCAAAUCUCUCGUUGUCAUCUUCAUUAUCGUUGUCGACAACACAUAUUGAACCUUCAAAAUUCACCAUUGCAUCAGAUGAAAACAAGCCACCACAUCAAAAAACAGACAAUUCAUCUAUUCUGCAACUAGAAGAACAAGCUAAUGAAGCUCUCAAGCAAUUGAAAGAAAUAGUCGCGCUAGAUCAAGACACGUCCGCCUGUUUGACUCCAACUUCUACUAAAUCAUUUAGGGAUCAGAAUUUCGAAAUGCCGGAUUUCAAGUCACCGAAUCAAGUAGUUCGCUCAAUUCAUCGAUUGUUACUUGGUCCUUUGGAAAUUGAUAACAAUAAUAAAGAUGUAUCAUCAAUACAAAAGAAUAAUGGGAAUUCUGAAAAUCGGAUAUUGUCAGCAAUAUCAAGGAAUACUAGUAAUAGUAUAAGGAAUUCGCAAUAUUCUUCAACUAAAUCAUUUUUAUCGCGAGAGAUUAAAAGCAACAAUAUUGACCUGGAAGCAGAAAAGUUCUUUUUGAGUCGAACUACCAUUAAUCCAUCUAAUACGAAUAACAACGUCAACAAUAACAACAAUGUAAAUGGCUUGUCGACAUUUUCGUCGCCCUAUUCAAAAAGAACAUCUGAUCAAGCAGCUCGUGAUGGACAAGGCAAGUCAAUGUUAAUGUCGCGAGGAAUGAUUACAAAACUGUCGACACCUAAAUCAGUUGUAUCAUCGACAGAAAAAAAGCAAAUCCCGAAACCCCGAACUACAUCUACUUUUGCUUCACGUCUUGCUGCAAAACGAAAUGACCGGUUAAAUGGAUUAAAAUUUCUUGAAACAACAAGUCAAGACAGGAGGACCAUGAAAUGA